AUGCUGACAUACGGGGCGAGAGGCGACGAGGAGGCGCGAACGAAGGAGCGGAUGGUACUGCUUGAUUCGGGCUGUAGUCUCGUUCGUGCAAAGACUGUCAACGACCUCCUGGAGGCGAUCUACGAUGUUCUGGAAGUGCAUCGUACUGUACUGCGUGAACGCAAGAUCCUGCACCGAGACAUGAGUAUCAACAACAUCUUGAUGUAUCCCAAGAGAGCUGAUGUGGGUGGGAGAGCUAUGUCCCGCAAAGCGCCUCUAUUCAUCAAGGAUGUGCUUGGGGGGAGCCCGAGGCAAGCUAUCGAUUACGUCGACUGA